AUGUUCGACAUUUCGAAGGGCACGACGAGUAUUAGCCUUUGUUCUACGUUUUACGCAUUAUUUAAAGACAAAGCAGAAGAAUCCGGAUUACUAUCUGUGAAAGAAAUUGAAGAGUCCGAAAAGCUGUUUUUCAAGUGGGCGCAGACAGAACAGGACCCGAGCAAGAUAGACAAGAAAUUGCUAGCGAAAGUAGAUGACGCACCCUACCUCGUGACAUGCGGAAUCCAAUUCUAUCUCAUCAUCAGCUACGUCACUACGGAGUACCAUGAAAAGCAUGCGCAUUGCUUGUCAGUCAGUGCAUGGUUUGCUUUGUCGAUCGGCGAACGUGUUCUGAAGAGCUCUGAAGAAAAUAUAUAA